AUGUUCAAGCUAGCAACAUCAACCCCCCUCAAAAGAAGUCCAAUGCUCAUCUUAUCUAAAAGAUCUGCAACAACGAUCACCUCUUUUAACGAUAAGAAAUUGAUAAACUUACUCUCCAGGCUCGACAAGUUUGAUUCCGAAUCGAAGAUAUUCGACAAGCUUGACGAGCUUUAUCUUCUCAGUCAGAGAAAGGGGUUCUUCAAUUUGAACGCCAACAAUUUGGAGUUCUUAUCUAACAACAACAAGAUAAACGAUAACAUGAACAAUUUAUACAACUUCAAUAAUUUGAACAGGUUGGUAUCCAACCAAUACUCUAACCUAUUGAUGCUACCAAGUCCUUCAAAGAUGUCUUCUGGUGGAUCGAAUGGCAUCAACUCUGCAAACUUGUCCCCAAUGCCCCGGUCGAACGCUGUUCCCGGCGCCAAAAUCAACAUCGACACUGGUAACAUACUGUCAAACAAUUCGAAUUUCUUCAAAUCCUCCUACUCGCCAGUCGCUAACUCCAUCCCUGGACUAAACGCCUUUAUGUCUACGUCUAUGAGCAACUACAGCAAAAAUGCACCAGUAGACAAAUACUUGAACCUACUUCAAGGUUUAGCAAGAAAUGACGUGGAACUCAAGAACAGGAUCGAGCAGGUUUUGGAAGCGUUUAACGACGAGGACGAUUUUUUCUUCAACUAUGUUCUAGAAUUCUGGAUAAGUGGAAAGUCUUUCAACAAGAGGAAGGCAAAAAAGUUGCAGGAAGAGACGGGUAACGGCCAGUUACCUUCAAAUUUGACUAUGUGA